CUAUCGACGUUUAAUCAACAAUUAAUUUAGAGAAGAAAAUAUUAUAAUAUUAAUAUGGCAGAAGAGAAACAACAUCACCGUUUGUUCCACCACAAGAACAAGGAGGAAGAAGGUGGUCCAGUUGAUCAUAAAAAAAAAGUGAAGCACCAUAGCCAUCUCCAGAAAAUUGGUGAACUUGGUGCUGUUGCUGCCGGUGCUUACGCAUUGCAUGAGAAGCACAAGGCAAAGAAAGACCCAGAGAAUGCACACAAACACAAGAUAAAACAAGAGAUAGCAGCAGUAGCUGCAGUUGGUGCUGGUGGAUUUGCAUUCCAUGAACAUCAUCAGAAGAAAGAAGCAAAGAAAGAAAAAAAGGCUGCUGAGAAAGGACGACACCACUAAUUAAAUUUAAGUCACCCAUCUAUGGACUGCAUAAAAUAAAUAAAAGUUACUAUAUAUAUAUAUAUAUUAUGUGUUUUAUGUUCAGUUUUAAUUUAAUUUAUGUCCAGUGUGUAUUAAAUGGUGUUUCUCACCUUGUAACACUUUUUCUAUAAUUCUAUUCAUUUAUUUGUUUUUUCAAUGUUAAUCUUUUUUUUCUU